AUGGGCGAUCACUUUUGUUUAAAAUGGAACAAUCAUCAGGAAAACCUCACUGGAAUAAUGAAUAAGUUACUAGAUGAACAGAAAUUUGUUGAUGUUUCUUUAGUUUGUGAAAUGAAAACCUUUAAGGCUCAUCAAACCGUGUUGUCUGCGUGCAGCCCUUAUUUCGAGCAAGUUUUAGAAGAAAAUCCUCAUCCUCAUCCUAUAAUUAUUCUUCGUGAUGUAAAAGAAGGGGAAAUGUCUGCUUUAUUGCAGUACAUGUACAGAGGAGAAGUCAGCGUGAGAGAUGAUGAACUUUCUGGAUUUCUUUAUACAGCUAAAGCAUUAAAAGUUAGAGGAUUAAGUGAGAAUAAGAAGGAAUUAAUUCCUCCAAAUUCAAAAGAGGAUGUUCUUCAUAAUAACAAUUUACUUCUUGAAAGUGAAAUUGUAAGCCCUCCCAAACGUUUAAAGACAUUAAAUCAACUAUUAGACCAGGACACUUCAAUUAAAAAUCAAUCCGAUUCUCAGCCAUCAACAACAACAGUUUCUCCUUUAUGCAAGUCAAAUCCUAAAAUUUCAUCUGGGCUCUUAACCCAACAUAUUUCCUAUUCAGAAAAUUCAUGUGAUUCUGCUUACAAUGAAAAGUCAUUACAUUCUCAGCCGAUAAAGCAAGAAGUUGAAUAUAUACCUGGUGGAAAUGAAGGUCAAAAUUCUACAUCCCAUCAAUCGAGCAAUGUUGAGCCGAAACACGAUUAUUAUCGAAAAUCAGGAGAUUGGAAUUUCGAUUUCGGAAAUGCUGCGGACAACAGAAGUUUUCAAACUCAGAAGGUAGAGUUACCAAAAGUGCCUAUACCCAUGACUUACAGUUUUUCGUCACAGCUCCAAGGUACAUCCAUACCUGGAUUAUAUUCUUGCGUGUCAAGGGUUAAACUUAAAAAAGAUCAACCGAGCACUUCCACCACCGAAUCGAAAUCUAAAUCCGAACCGUCUGCGGGAUCAUCAUCUUGCAAUUUGAAUCAGUCCAUUUCUGUAAUUAGGAGUGCAGAACUUUCAGAAUCCACGUCUCAAUCAGGAACGAUGCAGCGAAAGGGAGGUCGUUUCCGACCCGGAUGGAUGGAAAAUUAUUCCUGGCUUCAAUACGACGAAUGUUUGAAUACAAUGUAUUGUAAAACGUGCCGGAAAUGGAGCAGCAGCGUACCGGAUAUAAGGACCUCAUUUGUCGAAGGAAAUGGUAAUUUCAGGUUGGAAAUAGUUAAUCACCAUCAUAAAAGUAAAGCUCAUAAGCUGUGCAUGGCUAAAGAGGAAGAAUCGGUUCCAAAAAUUGAAUCUGUAUUGAGUGAAAAUAAUAAUUAG